GCACUGGUAUUGCCCAUGCGCUUCCCUUGGCCGUAGCACCUGUCAGCUCCACAUUUACAAAGAAGCCACUAAGUUGAGCAUCCGAGUACCACAGACCGCACCCCUUCUCUGCCUGACAGAAGCUCUGAUUGGAUAGAAUGCAGCCUCAUAAUGACUUCAUUCAGCUCCCCCCCCCCCUCCUGUCCGCUCUGCUGUGAAUGAAGAGUGAGCCGAGAGGAAAGGGAGAGCGAGGAGAUCGGUUCCAUUCAGCAGCGCUGCCCACUGGCACUCACUGUCACCCGGAGCUUGGAGAGGCUUCUUCGACUGUCUCCUGUCCAUGCAACAGCUGCACGGGGAGUCUGCGCUCGGUUCGUGGGAGACACUUGUUGUCAGGGGCUGCAACCAGGCAUUAGGACAUUUUCUUUCUCUUUGAGAAGCCACACCAGCUGCCAAGACGCCCCGUGCCGUGCUCCGAGUGAAAAAUGGGGCGGCCAGACUGCCCAAGCCCCACUCAGAGCCCGGGGGCACCCCGGGCAUGUUCAUGGAGAGGUCUCAGAGCAAGCUUAGUCUGUCUGCCUCGUUUGAGGCUCUGGCCGUCUAUUUUCCCUGCAUGAACUCCUUUGAUGAAGAAGAUGGGGAUGGGCGCAAGCUCAAAGGUGCCAUCCAACGCAGUACAGAGACGGGUCUGGCUGUUGAGAUGCCGAGUCGGACGGUACGCCAAGCAAGCCAUGAAUCUAUAGAAGAUAGUAUGAACAGCUAUGGGUCUGAAGGAAAUUUAAACUACAGUGGGAUGUGUUUGGCAUCUGAUGGCCAGUUUGGAGACUUCCUUACAGGCAUGGGUCCAGCCCAGUUUGUUGGUCGGCAAACCUUAGCGACUACAUCAAUGGGGGAUGUCGAGAUUGGUUUAUUAGAAAGAAAUGGGCAACUUGAAGUGGAAAUUAUCCAGGCGCGAGGUUUAACGGCAAAGGCAGGAUCUAAAACUCCACCAGCUGCUUAUAUAAAAGUCUAUUUGUUAGAGAACGGAAAUUGCAUUGCCAAGAAGAAGACAAAAGUUGCCCGGAAAUCAUUAGACCCGCUAUAUAAUCAGGUGCUUUUAUUUACGGAGGGCCCACAAGGAAAAGUAUUGCAGGUGAUGGUAUGGGGCAAUUAUGGCCGAAUGGAGAAAAAGCAUUUCAUGGGAGUGUCAAGAAUACUUUUAGAAGAACUGGAUUUGUCCAGCAUGGUUAUUGGCUGGUACAAGCUGUUCCCGUUCUCCUCGAUGGUCGAUCCAUCGGCAGCUCCACUUCUCCGCCAAUCUUCUCAGCUUUCCUUGGAAAGCACAGUUGGACCAUGCUGCGAGAGAUCCUAAUAGUCAACAAGAUGACAUUCGAGAUUUUUUUCUAAAAAAAAAAAAGCCACCACCAAGGUUUUGUUUCGAUCUCUGACCUCGAAAAUAUUGCAUGUUUGACCAGCUUUUCUGGAAAUUAAAAGUAACCAAACAUCCUUUCGAGAGAGAGAGAGAAUGAGUGGGGGGAACAAAAGGGGGUUUAAUUUCUUCGUAGGAGAGUAACCUUCGGUAAAUGCCCUGAGUC